AUGCGGUAUGAAUCCACUCAGAGGCAUAUGGGAGCCUUGUACGUAGGAUAUCAGAAAACUACCGAGCUAGCUACAGGGGCGAGUCGGGGCCAGGUCGAGGUCGGGGCCGAUACGGGGGCCUUCCGGAGAAUCGAGUCAGGGUCGGAGCCGAUACGGGGACCCUUCAGAUAG